ACGCGACACAAAAGAAAUAGCAGUAGUUUGACUAACUUCUUGACAAUAAGUUGUUUUGAAAUCCGCGUCUUUCUGCAUUUCUAUGUUUCAUUGUUUACGUUAUUAACAUUAGACUAAUUGUUAUCAUGAUCUUAGAGCUAGUCGGUGGGUCCGAGUGGUCGGUCAUCAUUAUUAGUGGCAAAUAAAUAUUUAUUUUAUGUAGUGCGUCGUACAAAGCCGCGGGAUUUUAUAUUUAUUUUGUUCUGUUACAUCACGGGCGUGGAAAAUGAGAAAUGCAUUUGUUGUUUUAGUUUCCUUAUGUAUUGGAGUUGUUUCCGGAUUUAUUGUACCCAGGAGUAUUUCAGAGGAUGAAAGUACCACAAAGUCGUCCAAUGUUACGACAACAGAGAAAGAAGACGUAACAUCAACAACAACUUCGUUUCCAUCGAAGUUCUCUGUACUGCCCAACAGUCGCAGUGACAUUGAUGAGAAAGACUUAUACGAGCACGCCACAGAGAAGCAAAAAAACCAAAGCGAAAGAGCCUUUAUUUAUAUCAAUCAGAUAUAUAAGAAACCCGUUCGUAACAAAAUCUUCAAGGUGCUACCUUUAGAUAAUAAGCCUGAGUUAGUUCGAGUAGUCGUCACCCCGCCGCCGGCUCCACCGGCCCCGCCACAAACUCCGUGUCCAAGUACUUUUGAUUCUUUAGGACAUGCAAAUACCUAUUUCCCAGGAUAUGAUUUUUCUGAUAAGCCGCAAGAUAUGGCAUCCUAUUUUGCAGCCCCCAGCAUAUUUAGAUGCAAUUUCAAGGAAAAUGCAAAAAAAAACAUAGACCUUACAAGAAGUAAGAGUCUACCACAGGUAUCAAACAGAAUUGACGAGAGACGAGAUUAUUUCGAACUCUUGAAACCUCCCAUUUUAAGGCCCGUGAGUCGAAUUAAUACUAAAUCGACCUAUGACAUUAUAAACCAGAAUGAUUUUGGUUCACUCUCACCUUCAAAUAGUCCAUACAAAGAUAGCUACUUGAAAAAAUAUAAUUUAAAAAAUCCGUACCUUUCUAAAGCAAACGUAGCAAUCUUACGUCAGGACGAGUUCAGAAAAAACUAUGGAUUUCACGGGGACUACGCUCGGCGUAAUUUUCAAAGUAAUAAAGACUCAGUGAAUAGAGUAGAAGACGUCAAUUUUGAAGGUGACUUUAUAAACGAAGAUGAUACUCAUAGGUUGCUGACUGACAACCAAGAAGAAGAUAAAUUAUUAGACAAAUAUCUAAAGGACACUUUAGAAGAACAAAUCACAGGUUCUGACAAAGGAAGUAUGCCGGAAUGUAGUUACCGAGAGUGUAUUUUACAAGGUACUAAACAGUACACAAACAACGGACUUCUUAUAAAACCUGAUUGUAGAUGUGGCAAGCGGCAUAAUGCUAAACAACUUGAUCCAUUUGCUAGAGAUAGGCCGCUCAGAGAGGAAGCAAAACGCAAUGAAACCGGCAAAUCCUCCGAAAUGAAUUACUACGAGGACCUUUUAUCAGGCGAGGCAGCCUUGAUCAGGCAAGACGAUGAUGUGAUCAGGCCGCCUCAUAGAUACAAUGACACUGGUCUCAUCUAGCUCGGUGUUUAAGUAACACUUACUUUUAUUUAUUAAGGCAAAGCUUCCGCAUGAUUAUUGAGCGCUAUUGUUCUAUGGAAUAGCUAUUCGAGCCGUUGACCAGCGCGGCGGGUUUAUAAUAUAAAAUUCUAAAAGUACAGUCGAAGAAUACGCAGGUCUUGAAGGAACUAUUCCACAGGAAAGUGCUCGCAGUGUACAUCACGAUAACGACUGCUCAAAGCUAUCGCGAUUGCGAUCUCUGCGCGCGCAUCCCUCUUCUUACCGGCGUUUGUUGCUCCGAGAAAUGAAAUGUAAACACUGUAGAACGCCAACAGAUGUCCAGAUAGCCAAUAGACUCUUCACAGAAAUACAGACUAGCCAGAAGGGACGUGCUCCCCAUUUGUGAAACUUUUCACAGCUUUACUUUUAAUUUUUUGUAGGAGCAGGUAGCACUAAGCAGAUAAUGCAAAAUAAUGCAUUGUUAGUUUUAAAGUAGUUUAUUUUGUUCUCUGUUAAUAACCAUUAAAAUAUGAAUCGUUUUGAACUUAACCAUAAAUUGAUGCUGUAUUGGGCUAAAAAUCAAUUUUGUUGAAAAAAUAUUAACUGUUUCACGACUGUUAUAGUAUACCUACGUUUUGUUAUAGUAAAAUUUGUUAUUUUCUUAAAGACGAUUUGUUUUUGUUUGUCGUGAACUGUGAAUUAAAUGUUCUAUCUAGUUUCUUUAUU